AUGGCCGUGCCCAAGAUGAGGGCAUCGAGGAGGAGGCGUGAGAAGCCUGAGGACUUUUCCGACCCCAACCACUCUCAGGGUUCUACCUGGAUAGAGAAGCCAAGAUUGGAGAGGGGGUGGCUGGGCAGAGCCGAGCUGAAGUGGACAGUCAGCAACCAGAGGGCAGGAUGGAAAAUGCCCCUCCUCCUCACGCUGUGUCUGUUGCAAGCUGCAAACGCAUUGAAGGGCCCGAGGCUGGUGUCUGGGGAGCUGGGGGGAACUGUCACCAUCCAGUGCCGUUAUGCCCCCUUGUCCAUCAACAAAUACGAGCGGAAAUACUGGUGCCGUCUCAGCCCCCUGACGUGGUUCUGCCAUACCAUUGUGUCCACCACCCACUACACUCACCUUGGCUACCGGGGCCGCGUGGCUCUCACAGACUUCCCGCAGAGAGGCCUGUUUGUGGUGAGGCUGUCCCAACUGUCCCCGGAUGACGCGGGCCACUACCGCUGUGGCAUUGGGAAGAAAAACGACAUGUUCUUCUUCAGCAUGAAUCUGACCGUCCCUGCAGGUCUUUCCAGCACUGUCCCCACACCCACUCUGGCUGCCGGUGAGCUUGGCAUGGCCUCCUUGGGAACAGCAUCACCUGCGGCCAAUGGACGGACCCCAGGAACCUCCUGGCUAAUAGAAAGACAAGGGACAGGAUUCCACAAAGUUGCUCUGACUCCAGGAGCCAGGAAAACAGCCACUUCCGCUGAGGCCAGGCAGACUCCAGGAACAAGUGGGGCAGUAGCUCUAGGGACAGGUAGUCGGGUAGAGGGUACUGUCUGGACAACAGUCCCCGCUCCAGAGAGUUUGGCUUCAACAAUCGGAGGUGUGUCCAACACGACAGAAGGUGUUUGGGCGUGGGACAGCAGAGGCUCCGUAGGGAAUACGGUUAGGCCUGGUGAGGAGGGGAGGGAGGUAACAACUUCUGAGGCCAGUAGUCCACAAGAAGAAACAGAGAGGGUCAGAGCAGCUCUGGAUGUAGCUGGAAAGGUCAUAGGGACCAUGAGGUCAACAACUCUGGUCUCUGAAAAAUGGAUGCAGGAAAUCUUGCAAGAAACAACAGCCAUUCCUAAGCCCCAAGCCCUGGCGCCCAUUGAAAGAACGACCCCAGGUGCAGGCGUGUGGACCCCGGGGCCCUCCAGCAUAGAGGCGGCAUCUCCUGAGGGGGCUACUGAAGGGGACCUAGACACGCCUGCUGGACACAGCCAUCCCCAAGCAACACCGAGCCAGGCCCUGGCAGCUGCACCCUGGAGGCCCCUGGGCAAGGAGUCUUCCAUGAAGAGGGCUUCUCCAGGAGAGAAAAACAUCUCUCGGAUCCUGACUCCUGUCUCCACGGUGCUCUUCCCCCUGGCGCUUGUGGCUCUUGUCUUGUUGCAAAGGAGGCUGCGGAGAAAUAGUAUGCCUCAGGAAACAGAAACGGCAGCAGGGGUCACCUUGAUUCAGAUGACGCAGUUACUGGAACUGUGCCUCCAGCCAGGCCAGCUGCCCCGCAUGGAAAGGAAGAUGUUCUGGGAUGACUCUCCUACUCGGGUCAGCCUGACUGUCCCAGAGAGGCACCCUGGCCCCCAAGGAAUGGAACAAUAAGCUAUACAGUCACCAUGGAAAGAGACCCAGGACCAAACACCACGACUUCAGCCUUUUCUCAUCCUUUCUCUACCUAUACAGAGGGGAGCCAAUGGACCUGGGUCUCCAUGCCGGGAAGCAGAGGCUGGCCAUUCUUGGGCCCAGGAAAGUCCAGCAUUUUCCACAGCCAAAGGUGAUAUAUGACUCCAAGAAGGCUUCAAGAAAGGAUUUAUUAA